CACAUUUAAAGGUUCCUUGCUCCUUUAAAUUUUUUCUUCUUUCUCCCUUCUUCUCUGUUAUCAGAAUUAAGAAUAAGACCUAUUCACCCGUACAACAUCAGCGGGGUAUCUGUGGUAACCACUCACGUACUCUCCGGGCUGAACUCUGAGCUAUGAGUGUUUGCUAACCUCAGACCAGCAAGUGAAAAAAAAAAAAAAAAAAAAAAAAGAACAUAUAAAGGAUAACGGUUGAACUAAUCAGCACAUGACGAAUUACAUUUUCCGGUGAUCUAUAUAAACUGGCUCCUUUUUUUUUCUCUCUUUAACUUAAUAUUGAAACUUUCUCUUCUUACUCGAUAAUUUUUUUUUAUAAACAUAUAUCAAUGGCUAACGAUAUGCAACCCAAUACCAUGCCAGCAAAAAGUACCCAACAAGUGGCACGCAUUAAUCCUGACAAUAACGUAGGAAAUCAGUCGAUUCAAAUUUCAACAGAUAGCAAUGAACAAGACAAAGUCUUACACAAAAAAGAUUUUCGUUACAUGAAUAAUGAUGAUUCAAAUUCUGUCAUGUCCCAUGAUGAGGAUGAUCAAAGUAUUGACAGCGGGAAAAAAUUAGGUCGCAAGCCAAUUGGCGAAGAAGAUGAUGAUCCCGAACUAGAGGAACAUCAAAUCAAACGCAAAGCUCAAAAUAGGGCGGCCCAAAGAGCUUUUCGAGAGCGCAAGGAACUCUAUGUGAAAGAACUGGAAAAUAAAAUUAGACAAGUUCAGAACAGCCAUCAUCAUGCUACAACCCAAUUAUAUCAAGAGAAUCAGCAGCUGAGAUUUAUUAUAUAUAGACUAGAGUUAGAAAUUAGUAAUCUCAAAGGUACAACGAUUGACAAUCGAAGCGAAUCUUGCUUAUUAUCGGUUGGUCCUCCACCAGAUUUAAAAGCAUUUCUACCUUCUCCUCCCCCAAAGUUCUCUUCUCUGAUACCUCUUCAAAUUCGCCCUUCAUCAGUUGAAGGUACCUUAAAAAUUAUCCCAAACGCCUCUCCUGAGAAAAAAAGAAAAAAACCCGACCAUCAUGAAGAAUCUAGCAACACAGCUACUAAGAAAACAGAGGCCAAAAAGACUUUAUCCAGGAAAUCUAACUCAGCCUCUAGCAAGCCAGCUCCUAGUAACGCCUCUAGCCAGCAAUUCACAUUCUCAAUUACUACACCUGCUACGCUUCGCGCUACUUCAAAUAACGAGUCGGCACGUAAAAGUGAACAAAUUGAAGCCGUACAACUCUAUCCAGAUCAUAGUCAUCCUGCCAAUUAUUUGUUAGAGAGGAACCAUCGACGACCCAAGACCGAUAUGACGCCAGCAUUAUCUCCAACCAACUUUAGCUCGAAUGACAGUGUCAUCAGUAGCUCCUCUGAAGAAGACGACAAAACUUCCCAUAACAAAACCAAAGAAUUUACUGAUGUACUACUUGACAUAGUCGAUGACUUUGAUUUCUCUGAAUUCACGAGUGAAGAUAUUUCAGCGCCUGAUUUAGCUUUCAAUUCACUUUUGGAAAGCCCUUCUGAUCAGAGUUGGGAAACGUAUUGAAUUUAUUAAAAGCAAAAAUGUACAUAUUUCCUCAGCUGUUUUUUUAUAUCAAUAAAGUUUGUAAAUAGUUCCAUUAGAAAAUGUUUGGGGCACGUCCAAACCACCCGAAAUGGCAUUCAAAUUAGUGUGACAAUCGUUAGUAUAG